AUGUCAUUCCUACCUCGUCUGUUCCUUCGACCAUCCCUCACAGCCAUAGCAGGACCAUCCCGAAUCCCCUUACCAGCAUCGUCCUCGCCAUUCUCAACAUCUUCGAUAAACUGCGUUAAACAGAAAUUAAAGUCGCAUUCCGGUUGUAAGAAGAGGUUUUUUGCUAAUGCCAAUGGGAUGGCUCAAACCGGUAAAUCACAUUUGAACACCGCAUUCUCAACAGCCCGUAUAAAUAGAUUGGCGAAAUCUGUCUAUGUGACUAAAACACAGGGUAAAAAGUUGAAGAAGAUGUUACCUUAUGCUUAG